AUGGCGAACAGCAAGUCAGCUGCCGCGCAGGCCCUUGAGAUCACAGAGAUUCUGGUACUGAUACUACGCAAAGUCGAUAUGCAUACACUAUUGGUAUCUUGUCCGCGUGUGUGCCGAUACUGGAAGGCUUCUAUAGACAGUUUCGAGUCCCUGCAAAGGAAACUGUUCUUCCUCAAGGAUGAACUUGCCACGCCUACUCACAACCGCCUUUUAGCAAAGCAUUUCCCUUUUGCUUUUGAACAUGCUGACGCACCACCAGAAAGGGAUCUCCGUUUCUUCUCGCGAACGACGAAACUGAUAGCGCCAAAACACGACGUCACCUUUCCCGAUCUUCCGUGGAUACGUGACCGACAGGACGCCUACCGCCGACCAGAGGCCAGCUGGCGACGCAUGCUCGUUCACCAGCCGCCUUUUCCUGGUGUGGGCUGGGUUGGCACGAGGCGUUCCAAGGAAGUCAUGUUUCAUUGCAUACCAACGCCGAGGGAGUCCUUGCGGAUAGAAGAACUCCUUCGAGCCGUGUUAUCUGGAUUUCCCACAGAACAUGCAACCGUUGAUCGUGUCGCGCGUUCAUUCCGUGUGAUUUGGCGUCAUGUUCCACCCGACAUCGUCAAUGCUUAUCCCAAUGCACGAGCUGGCGUGCUUCAGAGUACAGUCAACACACUCCGGCAAGUUUUUGCUGAACAAUGGAGCGCCUUUGGCAUCAUUGUUCAUCAAGACGUUGACGACUUGGUGUAUGCUUCGCCGGAUCCUCAGCAGUUUAUAUUGUACGAUCUACUGCAAGACGAUGAAGACUAG